GUGUAUUUGAGUUCAUAUUCGGUUCAUGACGGUGAYGAUGAAUGCAAAGAGGGUGAGCCRCCUAGUAAUGAUCGACAACGUCUUCGAGUGGACUGGGCCAGGUUUGGACGGUGUUUCAAGUAUCAACCCUAUGAUUGUAUCAAGARCUACUUUGGUACUGAGAUUGGUCUGUACUUUGCUUGGCUGGGUUUCUACACCGCUAUGCUUGUCCCUCUGGCAAUCGCAGGUCUUGUAGUGUUCAUCUAUGGUGUCGCYAGUGCCAUGUCCAACCCUGUUGUCCGCGACUCUUGCGAUAAAAAGUUAGAAAACUAUUUCUACAUGUGYCCGCUGUGUGAUCGACAGUGCAGUUACUGGGAUCUAGUGUCCACCACGUGUUACUAUGCCUACGCAACACACUUCUUUGAUAACGAAUGGACGGUGUUCUUAGCAAUAUUCAGCUCAGUUUGGGCAACGCUUUUCCUUGAGUUCUGGAAACGACGACAACUCGCCUUAGCUAUYGAGUGGAACGUCGCUGGUUUUGAGAAAGAAGAGGAGCCUUUGCGACCUGAGUUUGCUCGUACUGCACCAACUUUAAAGAAAAACCCUGUAACAGGACAAAUGGAGCCUCAUAUGCCCAAGAGAACGCGGUAUCAGAGGUUAGGAGCAGCAGGAAGUAUCGUUGCAUUGAUGAUUUUACUCGUUCUYGCGGCUGUUAUUGGUGUUGUGAUAUACCGGGCAGCGGUCUUUGCAGCACUGAGCGGCAGUAAGAUCCUGACCAUUCGAAGACGCGCACGUAUCGUGACGUCAUUCACUGCCGCCAUUAUCAAYUUGAUCUGCAUCAACCUUCUUAAAUUCCUUUACAACAAAAUUGCUCUUUGGUUAACGCACUGGGAGAAUCCACGUACAAGGACUGACUUUGAAGACAGUUUUACCUACAAGAUGUACUUGUUUCAGUUCGUUAAUACCUACGCGUCGAUAUUUUACAUCGCGUUCUUCAAGUCAGGUCUUGUAGUUGGRACACCAGGAAGGUAUAAGCGUAUCGCUGAAAAGUACAGACUGGACGGYUGCAGUGAACAAGGGUGCUUCCUGGAAUUAUGCAUUCAAUUAUUCAUUAUCAUGGUUGGCCARCAAGUUAUUGGAAAUAUCACAGAGAUCGCCAUACCGUUUGUCAUGGAAUGGCUGAAGAUACGCAAGGAACCACGUGAUAGAUUAAAGCCCCAGUACGAGCAAGACUUUGAUUUAAAUGACUUGGGUGAUCAUUAUAUGUUCUGGGAAUAUCUAGAAGUUGUUCUCCAAUAUGGAUUCGUGACCAUGUUUGUCGCGGCAUUUCCACUCGCCCCAAUCUUCGCGCUGAUGAAUUCUGUUGUCGAAAUCCGUGUCGACGCGAUCAACUUCGUCCGACAGUUCCGUCGGCCCAACAUCGCCAUAGCUGAAGACAUAGGGGCCUGGUACCAAAUUCUAGAAGGGUUGACCAAACUAUCUGUGUUAGUCAACGCKUUCGUGUUGUCUUUCACUUCUGAUUUCAUACCAAGGCUUUUGUACAAGCUGAGAUAUGCACCUGAUAGAGACACUGGAGGGACCCUCAAUGGCUACCUCAACGCCAGCUUGUCUUACUUUGAGGUGAAGUACUUUGAUAUCUGGGAACCUGACACUAAACCUGAUGAUCCAACACAAAAUCUGAACUACACCAGAAGUAUUUGUAGAUACCCUGGUUUCCAUGACAACACUUAUCCAUUCAAAUUCUCCAAGCAAUACUGGCACGUGAUCGCAGCACGCCUUGCUUUCGUGUUUGUGUUCCAGUAUACCGUGUAUACCAUCACGAACCUUAUUGCGUACAUCAUACCAGACAAGUCAAGAUCCUCACAAGUCAAACUGAGGAUGGAGAAAAUGCUKGCCAAGGAAAAACUUUAUGGCAAAGACAGAGUUACAGAUAACUUCCAAACAAACACUWUACUGUGAAGAACAGACAGCUUAGUUUCACGAUCCAUGACAUCCGAUGGAAAAGAUCGUUCCUUGCCUGACAUGAACACGUUUUUAAGUAUUUUUCAUGUUUUUAUUGUUUUGGAAAGUUUUUGUGUGCACUCAGUAGACACACCUGCCCAACAAAUUUCAUGCUAAAAUACUGUAGUGAUAUGAUAAAGACUAUUGUUUUGACGUAAUAUUUAGGUUUUGUUAAAGUCGAUUAAUGUCAGGUGUUCAAUGUAAAUUUGAUACUUUAAUUGAGUUAGUCYACUGUAACUACGAUCCCUGACAAACUUCCUAUAUUCAUGUAUAGUUUCUAUGCCAACUGGCAACACUGCCUAGCCUUGGUUCGAUGUUGUUUGAGCCUGUGCAAUUCAGGUGUCGGCUGACUCAAAUAGGGGGAUGGGAUAUGGAAGAUAUACAGGGGAUUUAGUUGCAAACAGCGAGAUAUUAACGAAAAUACGAACAAGACUGGCCAAGGUUAUUGUUGGGGGUUGUAAAGUACCUUGAAAUGCAGCUAUUUUUCGAAUAAACUSUUUACAACAAAAGAAAUUUGUGUAUUAGAAGGAAAAAAAGUUUCUAAGUUAGAGAAAASUGAGUUGUCUAUCGUUUUCACGAAUUCAUGCCACUCAUACCUGAUUCAUGUCUGUACCAAUUCGCCGGCUCUUGSACCAUUGGGUGUGGCAUGUCAUUCAGUUUAUCAAAUUAAAGAUACUUUAGAAGCU